AAACUCUCACCAGCGGAGGAGGAUUGGUCAUCUUCCUUCCUCCUCCUCUGUCUCUGUAGAGAGAGAGAGAGAGAGAGAGCGGGAAUGUCCCCUUCUUCGAUUACGUGCUCCAGAUUCGCCAUAAUCGCCGCAGCUGCACUUCUCCUCCAGUCCCUCGGCCUCUCCCUCUUCAUCUUCGGCUUCUUCCCCACCAAGCCGGCUCUCUCUGGCGUCAGUGGACUGGAGAGCUUCCGUGCGCCGUGGCCCAACGGCGUUGGAAAUGAUUCGGCGGCGGCAUUGCCUCCUGAAGAGCUCAAGCGGUUGUAUCAGGAAUUAUCUGAGAUCAGCCCUCCGUUCGAUCGGCUAAUUCUAAUGGUUGUUGAUGGUCUUCCAGCAGAAUUUGUGCUCAGAAGGGACGACAAGCCUCCAAGAGAUGCUUUUGUGGAAGCCAUGCCUUAUACUCAGUCGUUACUAGCGAAUGGAUUUGCAGUUGGAUACCAUGCAAAGGUUGCACCUCCUACUGUUACAAUGCCGUGCUUGAAGGCUAUGGUCUCUGGGGUAAUUGGAGGAUUUUUGGAUGUGGCAUUCGACUUUAAUACACAAGCUUUGCAAGAUGAUAAUAUUAUUGGUCAAUUCUUUCGGACUGGUAGGAAGAUGGUCAUGCAUGGUGAUGACACAUGGCUUAAGUUAUUUCCAGGAUCAUUUAUUAGGCACGAUGGAGUGAGUAGUUUUUUUGUUAAAGAUACUGUUCAAGUAGACCAAAACGUUUCACAACAUUUAGAUGAAGAGCUUUGCAGAGAUGACUGGGAUCUUCUGGAGAUCUGUGCAGCGGAAAAUCCUGAAUUUUGGUGCCCCCUUCCCUGGGUUAGGAGAUGGCAUCUUAAUGUACAGAAAAGUUCAGUAUGACUUAGUGAUUUAAGUAAUGCUAACCGAGCAAAAUUAUUUAAAAAAUCUGGAGUCAAGAGAAGGGCUCCAUUUUCAUCUGCUUCCAUGUUUAUUAUGGAUGACAUAAUGAUGUUAAGAGAUUGACCAUAGGGACCCAACCAUAUUGGUUUGUUUAUAACUUUAUCAGGUUAAUGAUCCAUUGAGUCUUGACUUAUGAGUUUGAUUCUGUUGUUCUGAGAAGUCUCUCUGUUUAUGGCUUUAUCUACUGGCAGCUAUAUUAUUCCAUCUCU